UACGGGCAACGCGAGGAAGAUGGCGGCGCUGGUGGCGGCGGAGGCCGCGGCGCCCCCGGGCCCGGCCGAAGCGGCUGAGGCGGCGGAGCUGAGCCGCGCCCUGAGCCGUCUGCUGCCCGGGCUGGAGGCCGACAGCAAGCUGGGCCGGCGGCGCGCGCUCGAGGCGCUGCAGCACCUGCUGGAGGCUCGGCCCGAGGCGCCCGCCGCCGACCCCGCCGCCGCGGCCGCCGCCUUCCAGGGCCCGUGGGCGCGCCUGCUGCUGCCGCGCCUGCUGCGCUGCCUGGCCGACCCGGCCGAGGGCUGCCGCGCGCUGGCCGCGCACCUGCUGGGCCUGGGCCUGCGCCGCGCCGCGCGCCCCCGCGACGCCCUUCCGCGCCUGCUGCCCGCGCUGGCCGCGCGCCUGGCCGGCCCCGAGCCCGCGCGCCGCCCGCCCGAGGCCUGCGAGGAGCUGCGCCUGGCGCUCGUGCAGCUGCUCGGCCUGGCCGUGAGCCUGGGCGGCGCCGCGCUCGCGCCCUACCUGGACGACGCGGUGCGCGUGCUGCGCUGCACGCUGCUCGACCCCUUCGCCGCCGUGCGCCGCGAGAGCUGCGAGUGCGCCGCCCGCCUGGCGCGCGCCACCCCAGACCACUUCCACAUGCAGUCGGAGUCUUUGAUCAGCCCGCUGAUGCAGACCAUCUCCCACCAGCACUGGAAGGUGCGUGUGGCCGUCAUCGAGGCCACGGGCACGGUGAUCCAGUUCGGCAGCGGGAAGUCGGUGGACGACGUGCUUCCGCACUUUGCUCAGCGGCUCUUUGAUGACGUCCCCCAGGUCCGGCAGGCGGUGACGUGUGUGGUGGGGGGCUGGCUGCUGAGUCUGCGGGACCGCUACUCCUUCUUCCACAAGCUCAUCCCGCUGCUGCUGAGCAGCUUCGACGACGACGUGCCCGAGGUCGCGCGCGUGGCGGCCAACCUCUGGGAGCAGGUGGGCCUGCAGUGGCAGAAGGAGAACGAGGAGGACCUCAAGGACAAGCUGGACUUUGCCUCUCCGGCCCCAGCCCAUCACCCGUCGCCAGAGAAUCGCCCAGCAUUGGGCUGUCGGGAGCUCGUCUUCAGAAGCCUCUCCAAGAUCCUUCCCGCCGUCUGUCACGACAUCACCGACUGGGUGGCGGGGACCAGGGUGAAGGCCGCGCAGCUGCUGGCGGUGCUGCUGCUCCACGCGGAGGACCACGUGACGCAGCACCUGGAGCUCCUCCUGAGAACCCUGCUCCGCGCCUGCGCCGACGAGGAGCGGGCCGUGGUCAGCAGCGCCGCCAGGUCCGCGGAGCUCAUCGGGGCGUUCGUCAGCCCUGACGUCUUUCUGAAGCUGCUCUUGUCAGUGCUGAGGAAGUCGCCCUCCCCCUCGGGCCUCCUGGUCCUGGCGUCCGUCCUCCGAGGCUGCCCACGGGAAGCCCUCCAGCCGCACGUGAAGGGCAUCGCCACCGCGCUGGCCCAGCCCCACAUCUCUCAGGGGGCUGAGAACCACCUUUAUGGGGAGCACCUGCUGCUCUGCGUGCAGGCUCUGAUCGCGGUGUGCCGCGAAGACUGCAGAGGGUCCAGCCUGCAGCUCAUGGAAGUGCUGGUGACCGUGAUGGCCUCCUCGGGCGCCACAGGCCUUGGUGACAAGGUCCAGGAGACCAUGGACGCCCUGGCCACGGUGGAGAGCGUCGACAGCAGCCAGGACCUCUACCGAGAGCACGCGGGCCCCCUCCUGGAGUGGCUGGCCGCGUCACACCACGACUGGACUGUCCACUCUGCGGAGCUGCUGCAGCUCGACGUGGUGGUCACGCACGCAGGCCCGGCCCUCGGCGAGCUGCUGCCCCAGCUCAUCCCCGUCCUCAGGAGCUGCCUCCAGCCCGCCCGCGACCCAGCCAUGCGCCUGCAGCUCUUCUCCAUCCUGUCACGGGUGCUGCUGAGGGCCAAGGAGACGGUCGACUCCCAGGGGCAGCUUCACAGCUACCUCGACACCCUGGUGAAGGACAUCCUGGUCCCCAAUCUGCAGUGGCACGCGGGGAGGACGGCCGCAGCCAUCCGCACGGCCGCCGUGUCCUGCCUCUGGGCGCUCAUCAGCAGCGAGAGCCUGUCGGCUGAACAGCUGCGGGAGGUGCAGGAAGCACUCACGCCUCAGAUCCUCACCACCCUGGAGGAGGACGCCCAGGUGACGCGCCUCGUCUCCUGCCGCAUCAUUGACGCGUUUAUGAAGGCCUCUGGCGCUGUGGUUGGUCCAGAUGAGCUCGUCAAGGUCUAUCCAGAGCUCCUGAAGCGUCUGGACGACGUGUCCAACGACGUGAGGCUGGCGGCUGCCUCCACCCUGGCCACCUGGCUGCGGCGCGUUGAGAGCGACGGCAGCAAGUCCUGCUGCCAGAGCGACAUCCAGCACCUGUACAAGGAGCUCCUCGUGCACCUCGACGACCCGGAGGGCGCCGUGCAGGACGCGGUUCUAGAGGUCCUCAAGGCCGGCAGCGUCCUGUUCCCUGACCUCCUGGUGCGGGAGACGGAGGCAGUCAUCCACAAGCACCGCUCCCCCGCCCACUGUGAGCAGCUCCUGCAGCACGUGCAGGCCUUGCCGCCUGCUCCAUGACCUGAGUUCCGGGAG